AUGCUGCAGAUCGGCAACAUUCUGCAAUCUCUCGGCUACUUCCUCCCAUACACCUACCUCACCACCUACGCCGUUCAGCAACUCCACGUCUCUACCAUCAUCGCCACCGCUCUUCUUGUCCUGAUCAACGUCACCUCCAUCCCGGGUGGCAUCGUCAUGGGCAGUCUUGGCGACCACCUACGCGUCACUACAGUAAUCCUCAUCUCCACGAUCGGCUCUGCUUUGGCUGUGUUUCUGUUCUGGGGCUUCUCAAGCCACACAGCGCUGCUGGCUGUCUUCAGCAUCACAUACGGCUUCUUUGCCGGCGGUUUCAGCUCCACGUGGUCUGGUGUGCUCUCGGAGCUGAAAGCUCAGAGCCCGACGCUGGAUACUGGGUUCAUCUUUGUGGACCGCUGA